UAAUACACGGUUUUUUGUUUUUUCGCGACCGUCUCGUCGUCGUAAAUUCAAUCAAGUUCACUCCGAGCACAAAGCGAGUCGAGGUUAACAAUGCAAAAUACAGAGAUUCAGACAACACCUCACGUAUUGAAUUUGAAGCUUUCUUCUUCUCCCACUUGUUUUACCCAAAAUUAGGGUUUCUCUUUUACCAAUACUUGUUCUUGCUUUGCUGCUUCACUUCCUUUCUUUAGGGACUAGGGUUUAUACUCUUGCAUCACAUUUUCUUUUUUUGGGGGCUGUCGAUUGAGUUUCGUGAGUUCAAGUCCGUUUUGGAGAAUCUUGGUUCGGUAAAAUCCUGGGAAUCAUGUCAAUUUCGCAAGAUCUAUAUCCGAGCGAAGAGGAUUACCUCUACGAAGAAGAGGUUCUCCGCAAUCCCAACAGUAUGAAGCUGUGGUGGCGAUACUUAAUUGCCCGCAGCGGGGCUCCGUUCAAGAAAAGGGCAAUUAUUUACGAGCGUGCGCUCAAAGCUUUGCCAGGGAGCUACAAGCUGUGGCACGCCUAUCUGCGGGAGCGUUUGGAGAUUGUAAGGAAUUUUCCUGUUAGUCAUCCUCAGUUUCAGACGCUGAACAACACAUUCGAACGAGCCCUCGCCUAUAUGCAUAAGAUGCCUCGGAUAUGGACAAUGUAUCUGCAGUCCUUGACUCAGCAGCAGUUGAUUACUAAGACAAGGCGCACCUUCGACAGGGCAUUGUGCGCCCUGCCGGUCACUCAGCAUGACCGCAUCUGGGAGCAUUACUUGGUAUUCGUGUCUCAGAAGGGUGUUCCUAUCGAGACAUCGUUGAGAGUGUACAGGAGGUAUUUGAAGUAUGACCCAAGUCACAUUGAGGAAUUUAUUGAGUUUUUGAUUAAUUCAGAGUUGUGGCAGGAGGGAGCGGAGAGACUAGCAGGGGUAUUGAAUGAUGAUCAGUUCUUCUCCAUAAAGGGCAAGACAAAGCACAGGUUGUGGUUGGAAUUGUGUGAUCUGCUGACCCAACACGCCAGUGAGAUUUCUGGAUUGAAUGUGGAUGCUAUAAUAAGAGGAGGAAUUAGGAAGUUCACGGAUGAGGUUGGGAGACUAUGGACCUCACUGGCUGACUACUACAUAAGGAGAGGUUUGUUGGAGAAGGCAAGGGAUAUUUUUGAGGAAGGGAUGACAACAGUGAUUACAGUGAGAGAUUUCAGUGUUAUAUUUGAUGCAUAUUCACAGUUCGAGGAGAGUAUGCUAUCCAUUAAAAUGGAAUCAUUAGAGGAUAGUGAGGAUGAAGAUGAUGAGGAGAAUGGGGUGGUGGAAGAGGAGGAAGAAGAAGAAGUAGAUGAUCGGUUGGAUAUUGAGAAGUUAAGGAAGAGAAUUGACAAAUUCUGGUUGAAGGACGACAAGGAUGUGGAUCUGAGGCUGGCAAGAUUGGAGUAUCUGAUGGAUAGGAGACCAGAAUUAGCUAAUAGUGUGCUUUUGAGGCAGAAUCCUCACAACGUAGAUCAAUGGCAUAGGAGAGUUAAGCUUUUUGAAGGGAAUCCAACAAGGCAAAUUUUGACGUACACUGAGGCUGUGAGGACUGUGGACCCUAUGAAAGCUGUUGGGAAACCACAUACUUUGUGGGUGGCAUUUGCUAAACUAUACGAGAGCCAUAAAGAUGUUGCGAAUGCCCGUGUAAUCCUUGAUAAAGCUGUUCAGGUUAAUUAUAAGGCUGUUGAUCAUCUAGCUAGUAUUUGGUGUGAAUGGGCAGAGAUGGAGCUCAGGCACAAAAAUUUUAAAGGUGCCCUGGAACUGAUGCGGAGAGCCACUGCAGAGCCUUCAGUUGAGGUUAAAAGGAGAGUGGCUGCUGAUGGCAAUGAACCAGUGCAGAUGAAGCUUCAUAAAUCCCUUAGGCUCUGGACAUUUUAUGUUGAUUUGGAGGAAAGCCUGGGUAGUUUGGAGUCGACUCGUGCAGUUUAUGAAAGAAUACUGGACUUGAGAAUAGCCACCCCCCAAAUUAUAAUAAAUUAUGCAAUGCUUUUGGAAGAUAACAAGUACUUUGAAGAUGCAUUUAAGGUUUAUGAGAGGGGUGUGAAGAUUUUUAAAUAUCCUCAUGUCAAAGAUAUCUGGGUCACUUAUCUUUCUAAGUUUGUUAAGAGAUAUGGCAAAUCUAAACUGGAACGUGCUCGAGAGUUAUUUGAGCAUGCUGUUGAAAUGGCUCCUGCAGAAGCUGUGAAACCCCUUUAUCUUCAAUAUGCAAAACUCGAGGAAGACUUUGGUCUUGCUAAAAGAGCAAUGCGGGUAUACAGUCAGGCAACCAAGGCUGUCCCCGCCCAGGAGAAAUUAGGAAUGUAUGAAAUAUACAUUGCUCGGGCUGCUGAAAUAUUUGGUGUACCCAAAACCAGAGAGAUUUAUGAACAAGCUAUAGAGUCAGGUCUGCCAGACAAAGAUGUGAAACUUAUGUGUAUAAAGUAUGCUGAACUUGAGAAGAGCCUUGGUGAAAUUGAUCGCAGUCGGGCACUUUAUAAGCAUGCGUCGCAGUUUGCUGAUCCAAGAUCUGAUCCUGACUUCUGGAACAAGUGGCAUGAAUUUGAGGUGCAACAUGGAAAUGAAGAUACUUUUAGAGAGAUGCUCCGAGUUAAACGGAGUGUUUCUGCAAGUUACAGCCAGACCCACUUUAUUCUCCCAGAGUAUUUGAUGCAAAAGGAUCAGUUGCAGACCCUUGAGGAAGCUAAGGAUGUCCUAAAGAAAGCUGGUGUGGAAGAGGAUGAAAUGGCUGCCCUCGAAAAGCAAUUACUUCCUAACCAAGACAAUCCUACAUCAAAAGAUGCUGAUAGGCGUUUGGGAUUUGUGAGUGCGGGCUUGCAGGAUGGAGGAGAAGUCAAGAGAAAUAAGGAGGAUAUUGAGCUUCCCGAAGACAGUGACUCUGAAGAUGAGGGCAAUGUUCAGAUAGCACAAAAAGAUGUUCCAACAGCCGUGUUUGGAGGUCUGACACGAAAAAGAGAAGAAGAGGUGGAUAAAGAUUCAGAAGCUGGUGGUGAGCCAACUGGUUCAGAAAGCAAAGAGAGUGAUGGGCAAUUGGGUGCAUUGGAGCGUAUCAAGCGAAUGCGACGAGGUGCAUAAAGUAUUAAAGUCUCCAGCCUUAAUCCUUCGUACUCGUUAGAAUUUACCAUAUUUGUGGUCAGAUCAUUACCAUUUCUUGAGGUUACCAUGGGGCUGUUACCGCUCAUUCAAGGUUAGUGCUUUCGUUUUUCGGUUGUUGCAUAGUUCCCGAUUGAUUGUCUUUCAGGGAUGCUCUCCAGAAUCAGGAAAUAUUAAGUGAAAUUUUGUAAGCCCUUUCUUGAUUCUUUUUGUCCCUAUGUUUAUGGAUUUUAAUGUACUUGUGUAAUGUUUAGCCUUUUAACAA